AUGAUACCCGCCCCAACAUGGCGCUGCUCAACUUCCAUCGGGGCACCGCAGGAUGUGUGCCUGUCUGUUGCAGAGUUUCCUCAUCACAAUUCCAUAUUGCUCACAAGCUCAAAUCAUUUGGGGUUCAGCUUAUAAGAUGUAUCUUUUGGCAACGUGCCUCCUACCGAGUCGUCCAUCCGGCUAUUGUUGGACCGCCUUACCCUGUACCAAAGCACAUAAAGAAACCAGACUAUGUGACGACAGGCAUUAUACCAGACUGGGGAGACUCCAUCGAAAUUAAAGAUGAAGAUCAGAUUCAGGGUCUUCGACAAGCUUGUCAACUGGCUCGCCAGAUCCUCCUCUUUGCUGGAAGGAGUUUAAAGGCUGGCCUGACAACUGAGCAGUUGGAUUACAUUGUUCACAAUGAAACUAUCAGAAAUAAUGCAUAUCCUUCACCAUUGGGUUAUGGAGGUUUUCCAAAGUCUGUUUGCACCUCUGUGAACAAUGUGGUGUGUCACGGCAUACCUGACAGCCGACCUCUUCAUAAUGGAGAUAUUAUCAACAUUGAUGUCACAGUAUAUUAUAAUGGAUACCAUGGUGACACUUCUGAAACAUUUCUGGUUGGAAAUGUGGAUAAAUCUGGGCAAAAGCUCGUGAAGGUUGCCAGAAGGUGCAGAAAUGAAGCAAUUGCUGUUUGCAGGCCAGGAGCACCACUGAAUGUAAUUGGAAACACAAUCAGCAAGAUAGCAUAUUCCAGCGGUUUGCAAGUUUGCCCUUGUUUUAUUGGCCAUGGGAUAGGCUCAUAUUUUCAUGGACAUCCUGAAAUUUGGCAUCAUGCUAAUGAAAAUACCUUACUGAUGGAAGAGGGAAUGACAUUUACUAUAGAACCAAUUUUGAUGGAAGGUUCGCCAGAGUUUAAAAUCCUGCAGGAUGGAUGGACAGCUGUUACUACAGAUGAGCUGAGUUCUCAGUCGGAGACAGUCGGCGGAAGCAAUGGUUUGAUAGACGAUGGAACAUUUCACCUACUGGUAAUGCUCCGAAGAUUUAUGAACAGCGGGGCAGCAAGAAUCUGAAUUCACAGAACCCUGUGAAUCCUUUACACAGUAGCAAAGCAAUCACUUUAUUUCAACUGAGAAGCGAUACAUUUUCUCUACCUAACUUGUUUAACAGAAUACUAAAGCACAAUUUUCACAUUUUGGAAAUAAACAUGCAUUUACUCCAACUCUAUUUUAAAACAACGAUUUCAAAAUAAUUGAAUUACAUAGGUGCGUUCAGGAACAAAAAUGUGCCACAUAAUUAAGUGACAGCAAAGUUUAUAGAAAUUGGAUUAUUUAAGGGAAACACAAGUAUGAUGAGAGUAUUGUGUUACAGCAGUCUUUGAAAAAUCGUUGCUCGUUUCUUGAUUGGAGUAAAGACUUGUAAGUGUAAGACUGAGCGCGCUCUUGAAUAGUAAACCUCGUUUCAGUUCACUGUCAAAUGGCGAAUAUUAUUGAACAACCAGCAUUAGAAUUCAAAUAAGCAGAUAAUGUUAAAUUAUUUGAAAACACAAAAAUAAUCAGAAUUCCCUGUACAAAUAGAUGGAGUGAUGAAUUUCUACAUGAGAUAUUAUACGCGGUAAAAUGUCCAAUGUAUGUUAACAUUUGGCAUGUUAUUUUUUUUUAAAUAUCACUGUUAAAAAUCACUUAAUCUUUAAAUACUCUUGAUUCCAGCUGUACGCAUUUGUGUUACAUCAACCACGGUUUACACUCACUGACCGCCAGAAUCUCAUCAGAAUUCAAAUUACACCGUUUAUCGCUGUAUGUGAAGUAUUUAAACCCGAAAAUGCAUUUUAAGUACCUUUUAUUCGCCCUUCAAACAAAACAGUGCAAUUAAUCUCCCAAAAUGAAGUAUGCCUUUCUAGAUAUUUUAUAUCAUUCUCGGGUCGCAUGUGACAUUCAAAAUCCUCAAUGUAUCAUCAAUAUGCUACAUGGUUCUUUUAAAUAUGAUGUCCGCGCACAUGCAUCUCCAUGCAAUGGUUUGGCUCACUUGUUUAACGAUGAAAGGAUUGGAUGAUGCAAUUGGUGUUAAAUAUAUGGCUAAUUAUGCGUAUGAAAAUUAAGCAUCAGAGUUAUGCUAAUGGGAGCCGCCUUUAGCUGUUUAUCAGAGCUCUUGAGACUGACGUUUAAUCAAACGAAUCUCUAACUACUGCACAUGCAAGCGUGUGUGUUCUUUCACCAUUAUCACUUCUUCAUAGAUGCAUGUUUGUUCCAUCACAAGCGUCACCAUUUUUAAAUAUAUCAGUAUAUAUAAUCUAAGUGAGUACAGCGUGAAACAAAGUUUUGAUAGUAUAUUAGUAAUUGUUCAAACUAUUUGAUGUUAUUGCCAUUUGCAUGUUGAAAUUAAUCCAUCUCAGUUAUGGAGUGCAACGCAUUUGGAAUAAUUCUGCCAAAUUUGCCUGUAUGAGUAAAAUUAUGUCUUUCUAAUUUAUAUAUAUUUUCUCCAGUGCCAAAAGUUUCAAUAUAAUUAAACAAUCGUCUAUUGAUGGAAUAAUUGAAGAAUGUGCAACAUAUUUGCAUUAUAGCAAAACCAAUUCAGUGCAAUGAAGUUGACAUUAUUUACAUCAUCGAACGUCCACUAAACUUUCCCAAAGGUCUUCUUCGGCAGUCAGCUGUGUUGGCUAUCAUUGUCGUUAACAAAGACAACACAAUAAGUUUGUUUUUAAUAUAUGUUAGAUCUUUAAAGGUAGAAAACUUUCGGAUCUGAAACACUGAGUAUAAAGUAAACAAAAGUGAUAUCAUGUCUUUGUUAACCGGUUUUCAAAAUUAUGGCAGACAAUUCUGUUUUAAUAUAUUCGAUUGUAUUUAUUAUUGGAUACAAUUUGAUACUAUCGGAUACAGAUUGAAUUUGAAUC